AUGGCACAUUCUUUGAACCCCUUUGUGGCAUUGAGUGGCCAAGAAGACUUGAACAGCUCUGCCGCUGCUAGACCUGUCUAUGCUGCGUUGCCAACAUCUUCAAUACCUAUCGGUAUAGCAAAGGCCGACAUCGACAUGAUCAACAACGGCGUUCCUACUGCUGAAAAGUCAGAGAUGCAAUUGCCCCUGGCCGCAGAACAAGACGAGCAUGACAUAAGAGAAAAGUACCGGCCAUUUCUGCGACACUUUCCCAGACCCGAUGGCCCAGAUUGGAUCCAGGAUCUAGAGCUAGACACCGUCACUGAGAUGGCACGAGCAAAUCUCGCCCACACCGGCUCGCGUCUAAAGGUGCUGGUUCUUUACGGCAGUCUUCGAAAGAGAUCCUACUCAAAACUCACAGCCUUUGAAGCAGCCCGCAUACUGCACAGGCUGGGCUGCGAUGUGCGCAUCUUCGACCCCGCGCAGCUCCCAAUCCGCGACUCGGUCCCGCAAGAGCACCCAGCCGUGCAGGAGCUGCGCGCGCUGUCCCUCUGGAGCGACGGCCAUGUGUGGUGCGCGCCAGAGCAGCAUGGCAAUCUGACGGCCGUGUUCAAGAACCAAAUCGACUGGAUCCCGCUGUCGACGGGCUCCGUGCGACCAACGCAGGGUCGCAGCCUCUCCGUGAUCCAGGUCAACGGCGGCAGCCAGUCGUUCAACACGGUGAAUAGCUUGCGCGUCCUCGGCCGCUGGAUGCGCAUGUUUACCAUUCCCAACCAGUCGAGUAUACCCAUGGCCUACACGCAAUUUGAGGGCGAGGGCGGUGACGGCGGCGGCGCGGCCCGCCUGCUGCCCAGCGGGAACCGUGACCGCCUCGUAGACUGUAUGGAAGAGUUUGUCAAGUACACAAUCAUUAUGCGCGAGCACUUUGCACUUUUUGGCGACCGGUAUAGCGAGCGCAAAGAAAGUGCGGCGAGGGCAACACAGGCAUUUGCGGCCAGCGCUUUACAAUAG